AUGUGGAGUUUAUUAGGAGCAUUUUCGCUUGUGUUUGGAGGUUGCUGUUCCAAUGUUGUUACUUUCGAAGGGUUAAUGGGUGAUAAAACAAGUAAUAUAAGUAACCUUAUCACCUUCUGCCAAUUUUUGUUCGUUGCAUGCCAAGGCCUCCCCAGAUUUGUGGAUGUUCAUGGAAGUUUUCCUUAUCUCAAGCCACUGAAAACCCCCCUUCACGUGUACGUUAUUUCUGUGGUUUUGUUUUAUAUUUCCUCCACAACGAAUAAUAAUGUGUUCAAGUACAAUAUAUCCAUUCCAAUUCACAUUGUUUUCAGAUGUUUUGGAACCGUCAUAACCAUGAUUACGUGCUGGUUACUAAAUGGUAGAAAAUAUACGAGGACUCAAGUUUCAUCGACAUUUUUUUUAACCGUUGGUGCUAUUAUUGCAUCACUGUAUAAAGACAAUGAACUUCGCUAUCAAGAUUUCAAAUUGCAAGAUUUACGAAAUAGAAGCAAUGAACCUAUAGAUCGCACGUUCGUUUUAGGUGUUUGCAUACUGAUACUUUCUUCGGUUACAUCCUCUUUGCUUUCGGCAUACAAUGAGCGCACGUAUCAAAAAUAUGGUAAGCAUUGGAAAGAGAAUAUCUUUUAUAGUCACUUCUUGGCACUACCCCUCUUUUCAUUGAACGCAAAACAGCUAGUCCAUGAAUAUCAAGCAAUGAAAAACUCAAAGAGGAUGAUAUGUUUAAAUCUUGGACAAAAGACCAGAAUCCCGCACGCAGAAACUUUUCUAUUUUUUAAUGUUCUGACCCAGUAUUUUUGCGUUAAGGGUGUAAACAUGCUUGCCAGCCAGACGAAUGCCUUGACACUCUCCAUAACAUUACUUGUAAGAAAGUUUGUAAGCCUCUUACUAAGUGUUCAUCUUUUUGGAAAUAGCCUUUCAUAUACAGGCUAUUUUGGGGUUUUACUGGUAUUUUUUGGUGCUUUCUUAUACUCACUCGGAUCAAUUCGUCCUAAAAUUAAAAGAAAAGAAGCAUUAGGGAAGGAACAAUAG